AUGCCCCUGGUGCAUUCCUCGCAUUCCUGCACAAUCUGUCGCCAGCCGAGGAGCUCGCGGCGCGCGUUCCCCCCCUGGACACACACACCUGCCUACUGCUGCGCCCCGAGUGGCCACGGCCGCCGCGGCGCCUCUACUGCCCGCGCUCGCUAUUUGUCGCACUCAGCCAACACGCAGCCAAAUCCCAGCCCCGCCGCUCAACCCCUUGCUUCCCGGGUCGGGGUAACAGGGAGAGGGCCAGGCAGCCCGAGCGGUGGGCAGAGACACCAGAACCCCUUGGGGGUUGCGGGGGGGGGGGUGCCGCAGCUCCGCUUCAACUCCUGGCAGGGUGAGGGGAAAGCGGCGGCGGAGGAGGGCAGCCGGGGAAGCUCCGGGCUCGGGAACCCGGAGGGGUGGAGCGUGAGGAUACGCCGGGAAGAGCGAGGGGCGCGCUGGCCAGAGCGGGGUGGGCAGGACCUGCAGGAGCGCGGGACUCCGAGGGCAAACGCGAGACCACGCAGGGAGCCGGGGCGUGGGAGGAAAGAUGGGGGCCAGGAUGCAGGAUCUGGGGCUGGAGGGACGCACAGACCGCCCCGAGGGCCGGGGAAGGCGGGAACCCCACGGUGUUGGGGGCGCGGGGCGGCGUGCCAGGCAGACAAGAGCGGGGGAGCCUCGGGGCAGACGUCCGGGAGGGUUCUGCGUGGCGCUGAAGUUCGGGGCCGGGGGCUCUGGAUCCGAAAAUGCCAACGUGGGGAGGGUCCUGCGCGGCGUGCAGUGGAGACCCGGGAGAGUAAUAGCCGGGAAAAGCAAAUGGAGGGUGAAACUUGUGCGCCUGCCGGGGGGAGGGGAGCAGGCAGGCGAGUGCGGGCAGGAACACGAGGCGGGGCAGGAAAGCCGAGGCGGCCGCGAGGCGGUGGGGACGGAGUAACGGGAGGGAGGCGCCCGUCCCCCCGCGCGCCCCUCACGGGCAGGUCCGGGCUCGGGCACGAGGGGGCGAGGGCCGGGGGUCUCGGGGGCAGGAGUCCUCGUGCCCUCCCGCGAGCUCGCACACUUACUUUCCAGGUUAGGCUGCGCCCGUCGUCGCUCGGAGAAUCAGGGACAUCUGCGCCGAGGGGUCGCCGCUGCGGCACCCGAAAAAAUUAAAAAAGUGCCGCGGCCGAGCGGCUGCCCGCCCCUCCCUCCCCCACCCGCCCCCUCCCCCGAAGCGGCUCUCCCACCACCCCCGACGGCGGCGGUGGCCAACUUGCCCCUCUACCCGGUGCCCAUGGUGCCGCCUCCGCGGCCGGCGUCGACACGGACUCAGCCCCGGAGCCCCCUCUACUGCCCAGAGGCCGCCGCCGCCGCAGCCGCCCGCCCAGCCGCCAACCCGCCUGCCCAGCCAGCCCCGGGCUCCCGGGAACGUCAGCACGCCGCCGUCUCCGGACCUGCUCCCCGCCAACCCCAUUGGUCGGAAGGAGAAGGCUGGCCCUCCCCAUUGGCCCGGCCCUCAUAUUGAACCGGCCAAUGCGAACUGCGGUUUCAGGUCGCCAUAGAGACCGAUGCUGUUAAGAGCGAGAGGGCCUGAAGAAGGUGGGGAGUGAGGCUGAAGGUGUCUCAGGCUUUGCGAGCGGGAGGGGCUGUAGGGAAGAGGUACAUGGGGGAUUCCUGCAUGCUGGCUCUGAAACCCGAGGCAGCUUGUGCUUUGGCUUCCUGCCAACCCCAGCUGUGCGUGGUAGGGUUUGUCCCUCAUCUCACCUCGAAUCCAUGAGAGUCUAGGAGUGGGCAUUUCGUUUUUCCUGCGACGGCGAGCCCCUGAGACGUUGACCUUUGACCUUUGACAUGUGUGCAGCUUCUGCUACUCCAGGGUUGAUCUGUGGAAGAAAACAGUUGAACAUAUGAAUGUUCCCCCUAAAUAUUUCUAAAAUGGAAAAGGAAUCAGCAGGGACCAUAGUGUGUGCUUGUCUCAUGCCUUGCCAUCGUGGAAGUUUGCACAUCAUGCUUUUUAUUUCUGGCUUUUGUAUGUGUGUUUGUUUUUGGAGAAUAGAAAAAAUAAAAUGCAAAUUGUAUGACUCAUUUUUAAUGUACUAAGAAGAUACUAAUUAUUUGGUUUUAAAAAACAUCUAAUAAUAAUGAAUAGAAGAUGUGUCUAAUGGAAAGAAUUACACUGAUGUUUCCUUUAUUCUUGCCUUGGGCUAGCGUAGAAAGAAGAAAACAAGAAUUAAUUUUUCUUUUACUCCAGUAAUAUUUUCUUUCUGUAUUUUUCUCAGAUCACAUGUGAUGAGUAUUUUGAUAUUGUAUUCCAUGUUUGCAGUGAUUAAAAUGUCACUAAAAUUUGUGAAUAAAGUCCCUUAAAAUGU